AUGGGUGCAGCAGCCCCAAAAUAUGGCAAUUCUGAAUGUCAGAAGGUAGUUGAUAUGAUUCCUGUUCCUCCUCAACAGGCCUCCAGAGAGCUUGAGCAUUCCCAAAAUGAUGGAAACCACGGGGGCUCUGUCGUCAACAACAUUAUUAUUAGUCAGAAUACAAUUUAUGCUACCAAUUCCAACAGGGUAGGAAUUUCGCUUUCUACUUCUAGGAAUGAGGUGGAAGCAAUACGGAAUAUGGUUUUGAAAACCAAACGUCUGCGAAGACGACCUGAGGUGAUCAAGUCUUAG